UGAUAUGUACACGGAACUGAAUACAACUUUGGCUGGCUGUGUGUGAGAUGUGUAGAUGAAAAGGCUUGAAGAUGAUUAAUAGUAAAUGCUGUUUAUUAAUGGAAAAGCCCCCUACAAAAAAAAAAAAAAACUGAAGAAAGUUCUGCAUGCAUAUGAUAACUUAUCUAUUCUGUAUGGCAUUCAAAUGAAAAGACAUACAGGAUUCACAGUACACUGUUUAUUGACUGAAAGAGGUAAUCCACAAAAGAGGUGGAAGCUCAGCAUACGUGACAACUCAGUGUCUAGAGUAUGAGCAGCCAGUUUUCCCGGGAGUAAUGGAACAAGAAGAGAUUUAUUCCACAUUGAACUAUGACAGCAUGGAGGGCGACAAGGAAGCACUGGACUGUCCUGUGUGCCUGGAGUCAUACAAUGAAGGCCUGCACACCCCAAAGAUGAUGCCAUGCCUCCACAGCCCCUCUGUGCAUCCUGCAUCGCCAACCUCACUCUCCACUGCCACCGAGGCGACUAACCCACUCACGGACAACACCAUGCCUCAAGCAGGUCCAGAGUCUCGUUUCCGCCUUGCCUUCGCCAGAUUUGCCUCCCAGCCUGACCUGACAAACAUGAACACCAGUGAAAACUUGACCAACCAAGAGCGUGGUCACCACCCACCACUGAGACGUGUGGCUGGCCAGGGACCAAGAUCACCAACUCCGCCAACAACACCAGCAUCAGCGUCUCGGCAGCCACAUGACCCACUGCCUCCAACACCACCUGCACUUCCUCCCAUUGCUCCACCCAUUACCCGCCCAUCCCCAUCACACAGACCAAAAUCCAGCACCGUGAAGCGGCCUGAGGUGAGCCCCCCGCUGCCCCCCAAGCUAGGAGGUACAACCCAGGCCCCUGAGCCACACAUACCAAGAGAUGUCAUUGUGCAGUGCCCCCUGUGUCGCUCUGAAGUCAGCACCAGUAAAUUACAAACAAAUCGGUAUGUACUGGCUCACAUGAGGGACCUGGCUCGGCUGUCCAUCCUGUCGCCCCUCAGUCCUUUCCCAGCACCCUCUGGCAACCAGUCCCUGAGUCCCUCUGCACCACAUGAGGAUUACUGGUGUGAAGACUGCAAGCAGCUCGCCACUGAUGCUUGCAGUAAACAUGAGCUCCUGCCACUCUUAGAGUGGGUAGAGACUCAAAAGGCCACUCUGGAGAGCCUACAUAUGGCAGUGGAGGACCAGCUGACCAAACACACCACCUACAUUGAGGACCUCAGGGUGGCAAUGAAGGGCAUUUACUAUGCUCUCAAUAAAGCUACCAAGUCUGUGUGGGAGAUGAACAAGAAGGUGGAGGAGUGCAAGGAGGAGUUGAGGAGUCAGCCUCCCAUCUCUGCCACUACCUGCCCAAAGGAGAUCAUAGAUGAACUUAAGGUGAAGAUAACACAGAUGGAGCAGCUGGCGAAGAAAGUAUCCAAAGAGAACGUGAUAGAGGGAGAUGAUGAUGUGAUGUUGACCUUCAAGCAGCCACAACAGCAGAUCCUCAUCCGCACCAUCAACCCAAAUUACGCCCUCAUCCUCACUAUAGCUGAGGGCCACGCCAGCGUCUGAUUGGGAAUAUUAACGUCGCUUUUGAAACUAUGAGAGCGUCCGUCAGAUCCGUGCAGAACUGGGAAAAACAGGGGAAACGGGGAGUUAAAUAUAUUUACAGAGAAAAUAAUGAGAGAGAGAGACUAGAGUGACAUUCUUGAGAAUCCACUGACAGAGAGAAAAGGAGAGUUGAACAUGAUACCCACCAACAAGAGAGAAAGCGAGUUUACCGUGAAACCUGUAAGAGAGAGAGAGAGAGAGAGAGAGGGAGAGAGAGGAGGGGUGGGGUACCAGCCAGCUAGCCAGAGUGAAUGCAACCCCGCUUUAUGAAGUCCCCUUGGUGGUCCGCGCUGCUCCACUCUCCAAGACGCUCGUCCUCCUCCUUGCGUACUUCUUGUGUUGUCAAGGUGCCGGUGGGAGGCACGGGGAGAGGGCGGCAAUACACGUGGCAAGGCUCUUUAUACUCGGGGGCGGGGCGGGUGCGGCAAUACACGUGACAGGGUGCCUCAUUACUGUGACACGUGAGGCUGGCGGGGACGUGGCUCAGCGGGAGGCAAAUGCACGGGGAAGAGUUUAUGAGGCACUACUGGGGAUCGAAGGCGCGUCGCUCUCCAAACGUUCUUUGCCUCCUUGCGUCUGUGAAACACACACACACACACACACACACACACAGAGAGAGAGAGAGAGAGAGAGAGAGAGAGAGACCCUCCAUUCCUUUCCGUCUGAUUACUUUUUCUCCUUUUCAUUCUAUUUUCCCCAUUAUCGUCUUUCUUUUUUUCUUUUUCGCCCUUUCGUUUUCCACUGUUUCCCUCGCAUUUCCUGAGAGAGAGAGAGAGAGAGAGAGAGAGAGAGAAAUCAUUCUGGCCUUGGUGUGCAGUGUAUAUCUCUAUUAUUUAUGAAUCCCUGUUGGGAGUCCGAGCUCCAGUAUGCUCAUACGUUCGUUCUCUCUCUCUUUCUCCUCCUCCCUUGACGUAAUUGUGUGUGUGUGUGUGUGUGUGUGUGUUUUACUUCACCUCCAUUGUGUGAUGUAUGAAUAGCAGGUGGCGGAUACGUGUGGCCUCGUGGGGGUUAAUUAGAGCAUGUGAAGGAGGGGUAAAAACUAUGUAUAAUGUAUGCUGCGUCUCGUACCAAGGCCGCGGGGAGAUUUGAUAUUACGGCCGCUGGCAUCAUCAAUUUCACUUUCAUGCAUGUCUGAAGGUCUUUUUUUUUUUUUUAUUAUAGUUAUUUUCAAAGUUAUAAAUAUGUUACAUUAGCUUAUCUAUACUGUAAGCAGGAUGAAUAGUAAUUAUAUGGCAAAUGUUGUACAAUAAAGUAUGAGGGUAA